UAGAAAUAAUAUUCGGACAUGGAUUUGGUCGACGGAUACAAGUAGAUUAAUGUGAACGCCUCGCGGUCGGUCCUUGCUCAUAUCAACUUCCCUCUCAACACUUAUCAAGCAACGUUCGGAUGAACAGCAACACCGAAAUCCAAGCCAAGUUGCAUAUAUAUUAUGCAACUGCGUCUGGUUCUAGGGGCUGGGGUGGUAUUAAGAAACACAAUUAGAUAAUUAAAAAACAACAACAACGAAGCCGGACACAUUUAUAAUAGUUAAAAAAAAAAUUGUAUUGGCCUAAUGAAAAGACACGAACUAGGCCUGGAAAUGUUCCGUAAAAACGAGGUAAUAGAUUUAAUUAAGCCUAGUAAAAAGUAAAAAGUCUUUCCGGGUUCUGUCCGAUGAUUUGUUUGGAUUGGAUUUGGUGGGUGGUGGCAUUGGGUGCGCUUCCAAGUGUCGGGAGUCAGGGGAGGAUGACAACGCAAUUUGUUUUCCAGCAGAAUCCAGAAAGCAUAGCAGCAGUCUAGAGGAAUUCGGAAGUAGAUCGCGUCAUGUGUGAAUGCAUUAUAUUGAGUAGUAGAUCUAUGCUGGCCUUGGCGAAGUGUGUAGGCUCAGGCUGAGGCCAAACUACUGUUACAGUUAGAAGGCCCACGGAUGUGUUGUUGAAGAAACGCUGUUGUGUGCUUGGCCUACUUUUGAUGUCUUUUGAUUAUUCUAUGUGAACGUCGUGAUUAUAAUCGCUUGGAGUUUGAGCUUCUCUCAUAGGUUCUUGCAUCACUUGCAGGUUGCUGAGGAGACACCUCAGACAGUGUUGUGUAAGCAUUUUGCAAUUGUGGCCGAGUGGAAAGUUAAGAAGGUAACAGUGCUGACCGGCUAGCGAUAGAAGAGAAGAGGUGGGGACUCAACUCUGCCACUGCUGUCCAUCCAUCCAUCUAGAAUCUGCUAGAUUUCUAUCUAGUCCUGUGCAGCUGUGUACUCGGUGCACAAUAACUUACUUUUAAAUUUUGCUUAGAGUCUCUGAAGUUAUAAAAAUGUCUGCUGUGCGCCAAGGCCCUGUGUGUAUUGCGAACACUGCUUUGCCAGUGAUAAGACAUGUUUGUCAUGUACACUCACAAAGUGCCUUGAACGUCCCAGCACGAGGAUUCAGAGUGCUUGGUGAAAGAAGCUGUUUAAGUUUUCAAGAUGCAAGGCUUGCUGUUGCUUCGUACAAGUCCAAGUUCAGAAAAUGUUCAACAGUGGCUCCUGCUGGAGCUGCUCUGCCAAUUCGCCAGGAAGAAAAUCCUGUUUCAGAUCUGAAGGUAGAUGUCCGGCAAAGUGCAAAGGAAAAAGUGGCAACAUUCGAUCGGCCUUUUUCCGACUUUUUAACUGACACUUUCGGAAGACAGCAUAGAUAUCUACGUAUAUCACUCACAGAGCGCUGCAACCUCCGGUGUCAGUACUGUAUGCCAGAGGAAGGAGUCAGUCUGUCGCCCAGACAGAACAUCCUCACCACAGAGGAGAUACUGUCUUUGUCCCGUCUCUUUGUGGCGGAGGGCAUCAACAAAAUUCGGUUAACUGGGGGAGAGCCUUUGGUGCGGAAGGACAUCAUAACCAUCAUAGAUGGUUUGAACAGACUCCGAGAACUGGGACUCAAACACAUCGGCAUCACCACCAAUGCUGUGACGUUGGCACGGCGACUGCCAGAUCUACAGGCGGCUGGGCUGGACCAGAUCAACCUGAGUCUGGACACGUUGGUGCCAGCGAAGUUUGAGUUCAUCACACGGAGGCGAGGCUUUGACAAGGUCAUGAAGGGUAUCGACAAGGCCUUGGAGUUGGGCUAUGACCCAAUGAAGAUAAACUGCGUUGUGAUGAGGGGUAUGAAUGAAGAUGAAAUCUGUGAUUUUGUGGACUUCACGAAAGACAAGAAAGUGGACAUUCGUUUCAUCGAGUACAUGCCAUUUGGGGGCAACAGAUGGAACACCAAGAAGUUUGUGUCUUACCAAGAGAUGUUGCACAUGAUCCAUGAGAGGUUCCCAGACCUGACACGCCUCUCAGACCGACCCAACGACACGUCAAAGGCAUACAAGGUUCCAGGCUUUGCUGGACAAAUUGGCUUCAUCACAUCUAUGAGUGAACAUUUCUGUGGUACGUGCAAUAGGCUGAGACUGACAGCGGAUGGGAACCUUAAGGUGUGUCUUCAUGGAAAUGCUGAGGUGUCAUUGAGAGAUGCUCUCAGAGAAAAUAUGCCAGAGGCUGAACUGUUGGAUGUGAUAGGAGCUGCAGUCAAGAGAAAAAAGAAGCAGCAUGCUGAUAAAAUCAACAGUCAUCGAUCUCAUACAAGAACUGGAGCCGAAUUGCUGUCAGGGGCAGAAGAUAAUGGUAUUUUUAGCCCACCUGUGAUAGGAACAGAUCUUUAUUUUUAUUUUUCAAUUUCUAGUUUUUGUCGUCCGGUUGAUUGUGAUACUUCCAUGUUACGUUACUCGGAAUAUGCUUCACCAAAUAGAACGGUGAAUAGUGCCCUGAGUGGGUUUGUUGCACCGUUUUCCCCUGAGACAGGUAUCCUUGGUGGAAUUUCAAGUCGGGAGGGGAAAGUUUUUACUCGUUGUUUUAGCUCACGGUCAGGCUCAAGUGACCAUGAUAAAAUUGUUCAAGGUGAUGGUUCCAAUAAACAUGAGGAUGAACAUCGGUUUGAGAGUUACGCAAAAAAGUAUCUUGAAAUGAUGCAAGGAGGAUCUCGGACAAGCUAUAACGUUGGGGUGAAUCCUGCGGUAGGCAGUGGCAGUGACUCUGAGGUUCGGACUGGGGAUUAUGCUAAGCUUUACGCUGAUGUGAUGAAUGCAGGGAAGAUAGAGGGAGGAAGGACUGCAGAGAAUAAUGAAAGAUUUGAGCCUGAGCUACUUGAUCAGGAGGGGAGGGAGGACGGGAUUGAGUCGAGUCAAAACGGAAAACCUAAACUAACGCACACCGAUGCCAGCGGUAAGGCUAUGAUGGUCGACGUGGGAGAAAAGAAGGUGACCACGCGAGAAGCACGAGCACAGGCUUACGUGUGGCUGGGCCUGGAAGCCGCGCGUCUCGUCAAAGAAAACCGCAUGAAGAAAGGCGACGUGUUGACAGUUUCGCAGCUGGCGGGUAUCAUGGCCGCCAAGCAGACGCCCCAGCUGAUCCCGCUGUGCCACAACAUCGCGCUGACCAAAGUGGACGUUCAGUGUCGGUUGAUGGAGGAGGAGAAUCUGCCUGUGGUGGAGAUCACCUCUUUAGUGCGCACUGUGGGUCAGACGGGGGUUGAGAUGGAGGCUUUGACUGCAGUCACGGUCGCGGCUUUGACCGUUUACGACAUGUGCAAAGCGGUUACUCAUGAUAUGGCUAUCUAUGAUGUGAUGCUGACCAGCAAAUUUGGAGGCAAAAGAAAUUUUCAACGCAAGUAAUCAAGAUUUAAAAUUUUUUUCAUGGUUUCAUUUUACUUACGGGUAUUGUUUUGCUGCACAUCUGUGGCUCCCCUCCCCCCCCCACCAACACUACCACACACAGUCACAUACACAUCACCACCUCAACCACUCAGCUCAUCUAUUAGAAAGUAGUGGGUAAAGCAAUGAAUUGCGUCAUAAAGCGCUUUAUUGUGCUAAAAUGUAAUAUGUACAUUUUCUCUUUAGUUGGUUUUUUUUGUGUGUAAAUGCCUGACAAUGUAAUAUGUAUGAAGCAGCCUGCGAAAACCAGUGUUUGUCAUCACUUGGACAAUUUGAGUGGUUAGUACCACUUGGUAAUUGACAUGUCCCCAGACAUUUUGCUUUUUGAAUUUUGUGAAUAUCUUGUUUAGAGCCUGAAGUAUGGCUAUUUGAAAAAUCUAAAGACUCAAAAGUAUCAACUGAAGAACACAUGUUUGAAGUUUCUUUCCAGUUUUGGUUAAUUCCUCCAUGUAUGUGAGCAUUUCAAAGGCCUAUAAUUUGCUACAUAAAGGCAUCGUCAUGUACUAAUAAAACAAUCUUACAAGCUUAGAAACAAUUUUACAGCCUAAUAUUAUAGUUAUAGUCAGUGUUAGGGAUGUCUGAAAAUUACACUUUUAAUACUAACCUUUUAGUUUUAUUUGACUCUAGAUUUAAGCCUGUAUCUAAAUUGACGUCAUUACCUCAAAUGUAGACAAGGGUUUUGGCUAAAACCUUAUCCAGUUCAAUUUGGUUGAAUAUGUUUAUUAGAACUGUGGACAAUACAAUGAGUUUGAAAAGACGAACACAUUGAUAUGGAACUAGCGUGCAGCAUAAAGGACAUUUCCAUAGUAACACAUUGUUUAUCUCACCAAGUCGAACAUGAUCUGAAAAAUGGAUUUUUUUUUCUUAUUUUUUCUCAUAUUUUCUAAACAUAAUGUCUCAAAAACUUGAACAUCACGACCACCUUUUUUGUUGCUCUCAAAAUUGUCGAUGCUGACAUAAUACUGGUUUUCGUAACCCGAGUCACUCAUAUGAUAUAGAAAAAAAUAUGUGGUUAUGCUCAACUUUUCCAGCAAUUUUCAUGAAUUUGUUCAUACAGCAUAUUCUUUAAAUUUCACAUUUAUAACUCUAUGUACAUGUCAAGAUGCUUUUUAUUGUAAUAGUUUCCUAUAGUAAGUCACGAUUUGUUUUUACACAGUGUUUCAUCUAUAACUAUUUUUGAGAUGUUGAAACAUUUUUUCUUUAAAUUUUGAAUGCAUAUGUGAGGCAUCUUGGUAAAAUCAGGCGCUUG